AUGGGGAAUGUGAAAAACAAGUCUCAACCUUCAAAAAAGAGGACUGCUGGUGUACAAUUAUCUCGAGAUAACCUUGGUCUUAACGAUGACGAUGAGAUAUCUGAACAAGAGACAUCAACCUUCAGAAAAGAAAGUGAUGAGAUUCUUAGAGCUAGAAGAAUAGUGAAAGCUCGUCACCAUCAACCCCAUCAGCGCCAAUUCCUGUUCUUGCUGCUAACCAUGGUUCCUCCUCCUGGUACUUCAACUUCAGAAAAGGUGGAAGGGAAUAGUGUUCUGAGCAAGGAAACUAAUCAAAUUGAUGAUAAGCAAUCUGAGGCAGCAGAAGGCAAGAAAUCUGAGGAGGAAAAGAAGAGAGCUACAGAAGCCGGUGAUAGUGCGAGUGAAGCCAGGAAAGAAUCUGAAGGCCAGAAAAGCGAGGAAAAAGAUGAUGGGAAGCAGAUAUCGAAAAGAACGCAGAAACUGCAUCUUUUAGUUCGUUUCAACGAUGUUUUAACUGUCUUUAGGACAUUUGAAACGAUGGAUUAG